AUGCCUUCGAAUCUUCGAAACCCAGAUUGUAGGGACUCAAGUCCCUCCCUCAUAGUUACAACGCCACCGCUGCAGGCGUCACCAUCACCAUCUCCUCUCAAUAUUAAUCUAUCUGUGCCACCACCUGCACUUCCUGUUACAAUGACGACAGUCUCUGGGCUUCGUCGCAGUCAAGCCAUCCUGAAGCGUCCUACAAGCGGUAGUGGUGGCGGAAGCAACGCUGCCGAUCUCUCGUGUGCACACAUUGAUCCUUGUGUGGAUUUGGUACUCUCUCGCUUUCUUCGUAGUCUGCGCUCAUCGGAGGCGCAGGUUGCGGCCAACCAAGCGGAGCUGCAGCGAUCCAAGUUUACGGAGGACAGCCAAAACGGAAAGCGAAUGAUGAGUCGCCUGCGUGUCUUAGAGAAGGAGAACGCUGAGUUGGCUAGGCAGAAGGAGAGUGGACGACCUGCCAAAAUUGCCAAUCUCAUCAGCCUGCGUCGACGCUUCAUAGAACAGAUUAGGAUGGAGAGUGCUCGCACGGAGAAGCUGAUCGAUGAGGCCGAAUCGGAGGUGGAGGUGUUUACCAGCACUCUUCUGAUGUUGCAACAGCAACUUUCCAUCGCUCAUGCAACUAUUGAAGUUUUGGCAGUCGGUCUUGCUGCCGCCCCCGGCUCUGCUUCUCCCUCCGCUUCCACACCAGCGAAGCGUUGCAUUGCUCUUCUUCAAGCUGCUCAAUGGCCGCUACCCUCCGUUCUCGAAUCGGGGGAUGUGACAAACACAAAUCCCAUCGAGCUUUCUACUAUUGCCUCGCCACCUCCCUCCCACUCCGAUUCUCUCUCCCUCACCACAACAACUGUGGAUGCCUCUCCGGUGACCAAGGAGUUGACUUGA